AUGAAGUUUUCCGCUCUCGCCGUUCUCGCUAUCGCCACUGGCGCUUUUGCCUUGCCCGGUCCUCCUUCUCCUCCCGGUCCUCCUUCUCCUCCUGGACCUCCUGGACCUCCUUCCAAGCCUUCCAAGCCCUCCAAGCCGCCAACCAACCAGCAACAGAUCUCCUGCGGUAACGGCCAGUCUCUCUACUGCUGUACCAACGAUGGCAACAAAAAGAACGAUGUCACUUGCGCUUCCUUCUCCAACGGGGGACUUGGCGGUAUCUGCAACGGUAUCCAGGUCUGCUGUAACAACAACAAAGGAACUCAGGGUUGCAACGUUGGCAACGGAGGUGGCAGCAUCACCUUCACAUCCGGUGGUGGACCCUGGCUCCUCUAA